AGCGAUGUUGGCGAGAGCAGCGUCGUUCGCCGGUCGGGUCUCGUCGCUGCGGCUCGUCGCUGCGGCGCCGCUCGCGCCGGUGGGCCAGGUGCGGCAUGCGGGCAAGAAGGCGGGCGGCACUGGCGGCGUGACGCGCUCCUCCAACCCCAAGUACCUCGGCGUCAAGGUGCUCGGUGACCAGGAGUGCAAGGCGGGGAGUGUCCUCGUGCGGCAGCGCGGCAUGCGGUUUGUGCCGGGGGAGAACGUCGGGCGCGGGCGCGAUGACACGCUAUUCGCACUGACGGCCGGCUUCGUCGAGUUCCAAAAGGUCUGGUUCCCCAAGCGACGCCACUUUGUGCAUGUCCGGCAGGGAGACCAAGCCGAUGUGCUUGCGCGAAUCGAUGCUCGGAGGCAGCGACGCGAGAGAGAAAAGAUGUCACGCCGGCAGGCGACAUGGGACUUUGGCGGCCAGGAGGUCGCCGGGGGGGUGUCACGAGGGGGCGGCUAGGAGUGAGGCGAGAUGUGCGAAGAAGACCGCCGGUCUCUGGGGGCCGGCCGCGCCGCACCAGGUCGCAGAUCGGGACGAUGUGGGGGUGGUCGGUUGUGUAUUGGGGGGUCGCGGAGCUAAGCGACGCAAAAUACCGGGCGCUACUCGUACUCUCUGUCUGCAAAACAUAUUU